AUGAUGGAAGAGCUUAAAAAAGCAGUUUAUAUUCUUGCAACACUCAGUCAACAUAUAGAAUUUCCUUUCGAAAAUCAAGGCUUAAGCAGAAUUAUUAAAAAUGCUUUUACCUCAGGCAUUGAUAAUGAAAGCCUAAGAAGAUUAAUAGGAUUAAGCCAAAGCAGCGCCUUUCCUUAUGUAAGAGAAAUUAUUAGAUCCCAGAAAUGAGAAGAUAUUUUUGCUUCGCCAAACAAAUUGUUUCAACCAUUUCAAGCUUCUGACAUGCCUAAAAAAAUUGGAAAAGUUGCAUUUUUUAUUACUUGCACUAAUAAAGAUUAUAUAGAGGAAAUAGAAGGCUACACUUUAGUUGUAAAACUUUUUCUACCUGCAGGGAUUUUAAUAUGUAAAUACGGAGAAGAAUGAAAGAAUUGUUCAUCUCAGAUAAUAGAUAUAAAUGAUAAGCCUAAAAGCACUUCUAUGAUUUUUGGCUUUGCUAAAAACUGAGCAGAGAUUCCCGAAAAUGAAGAAACGGCAGAAAAUAAAAUGGAAAAAGUUGAAGAUAAAGAAACAAGAACAGAAACAAUUGAAAAUAACCCUGAAUAUUUUGAAGAAAACGAUACUAAAAAUAUAAACGCGGAUCAAAUAAAUGAAAAAUUCAAACAAUUAGAAGAAGAAUUAUUUAAAUGCAAACAAAGCAAUGAAUGUCUCAAAGCUGAACUAAAAAAAGUAAAACUAGAAAAUAAAUAG